CCCAAACCCGACCCACCAAAUCCCUCUUCCUUCUCAAAAUUUCCCAAAGCAAAACAAAACCCCAACAACAAAACCCUACAGUCUCACCAUCGCCACUGGACUCCAUCGCUGAACACCCCCCCUAUAAAUGAAACACACCUCUCCCGUUUAAACACCGCCACGGCCACAACCAUCACAGGAGGCUACUGCAAUUUUUUUUUUAAAUGACGCUCCAUUCAAUAAUAAUCCAAAAGCUACUAACCACAAACGCCCAUAUAGGGCGGCGAGUGGCAGCCCACCACUUGAAAAUUUACACUUAUGGAAUGCGUAAUCAAAUCUCCAUUAUCGACUCCGAUAAAACUCUCAUCUGUCUCCGGAAUGCUGCCAGUUUCAUUUCUCAUUUGGCGCGUGAUAAGAACGCAAGGUUCAUGUUUGUGAAUACGAAUCUUUUGUUUGAUGAGAUAGUGGAGCAAAUGACAAAGAAGAUGGGGAUUUAUAGCCCAAGAGAUAACAUUAUGUGGAGAAUGGGUGGUUUCUUGACUAAUAGUCAUAGUCCUAAGAAGUUCAGAUCAAGAAAUAAAAAGGUUUGUUUUGGGCCAAUACAACCGCCAGAUUGUGUAGUGGUGUUAGAUACGGAGAGGAAGAGCUCGGUGAUUUUGGAGGCUGAUAGAUUGCAGGUUCCCAUUGUGGCUUUGGUUGAUUCAAAUAUGCCAUGGGAGAUUUAUAAGAAGAUUGCGUAUCCAGUGCCUGCUAAUGAUUCUGUUCAGUUUGUGUACUUGUUUUGCAAUAUAAUUACCAAGACAUUUUUGCUUGAGAAAAAGAAAUUGAAAGCACUAAAAGGACAUAUUCGUAAAGAAGAGCGAGAUCUUUCCACCAAAGAAUCGAGCAAGGAAAUCCAAGAAAGUGUGCAAAGCAAGAACAUGAGCAAUAUCAGCUCUCUAAUUGGUGAAGUGCUUGUUGUUCCUUAUCAGAACUUAGCACCUGCUUCUAAUGAUAUUGCAGAAAUUAAGAACCUUUUGGACAAGAUUGUCGUGGUGAAGUUCAAUGACACUUUGGGAACAGCUCUAGGGUUUAAUGGCCCCAAGUCUUUAAUUGGAAUUCGUGAUGGUUUGACAUCUCUUGACUUGAUUGUUAAUCAAAUUCAGUCUCUCAAUUUGACAUACGGAUGCCAUAUCCCUUUGGUGCUUAUGAACACUAUCAGCACUCAUGAUGAUUCCCUGAAGGCUUUGGAGAAAUAUUCCACAUCAAAUGUUGAUAUUCUUCCUCUUAGUCAGGGCCAACAUCCUCAAAAGAAAUCUUCCAGUGGACAGAGCAGUGCAGAUGAAUUGUAUCCAUCUGAUCAUGCUGCAGCCUUCCUUUCCCUAAUGAAAAGCAGCGGAACUCUGGAUGUAUUAUUAUCACAGGGAAAGGAGUACGUACAUGUGGUGAGCUCCGAUAAUGUAGCUGCUGCUGUUGAUCCAAGUACCCUCUUCAGAAUCAUGAGUCAUUUGAGCCAAAACAAUAUUGAAUACUGUAUGGAGGUGACACCAACCACUUCAUAUCUUUCAAAAAGUAAAAUGGUCAAUCAGCGGCAAGGAAUGUUUGAGCUUGCAGAAAUAGCGCGAACACAUCCUAAAGAUUCAACGGAGAAGUUCAAGUUUAUCGACACAAGAAGUUUGUGGGUGAAUUUGAAAGCAAUCAGAAGGCUUGUAGAUACCAAUGCCCUGAAGAUAGAGAACCUGUCUGUUUCAAAGGAAAUGGAAGGUGAUCAAAUGGUUUUGCAAGAAACAGCAGCUGGUUCGACAAUACAGUUAUUUGAUAAAGCCAUCGGCAUUAAUGUCCCUCAAUUUCGGGUUGUGCAACUAAAUGCAACAUCAGACUUGCUUCUUCUUCAGUCAGAUUUGUACUCCACCUCUGAAGGCGUUUUAGUUCGGAACACAGCUCAAGCUAACCCUGCAAAUCCAUCUAUUGAGUUGGGACCUGAAUUUGAAAAGGUCAGCGAUUUUCAACGCCGUUUCAAAUCCAUUCCUAGCAUAGUUGGAUUGGAUAGCUUGAAGGUAGCUGGUGAUGUGUGGUUUGGAGCUGGCGUGAUUCUUAAGGGGAGAGUAAGUAUUGUUGCAAAACCAGGGGUGAAACUGGAAAUUCCUGAUGGUGCAGUCCUUGAGAACAAGGAUAUCAAUGACCCGUCAGACAUUUGAGAUGGAUUCUAUAUACUUCGUAAUUUUGAUCAGAGGGCCAAAAUUUGUAAUGGGUGAUUACUUGUAUUCUCUGUUUGGUAGAUGAAAAAAACGUCAAAAUGUGUAAUAACAGGGCAUUUUUGUUUCUGAUUUUUGCACUUUUAACAUAUAAAAAGAAGAGCAGCAAACUAAAGGGAAGCUCUCUAUUUAUGCUCCA